AAUGCUGGACCAUUCUAACAACUAUCAUGUCAGACUACACAGAGAAGCCAUUGAAAUCCACAAGCAUGUGGACAACUUCAACAGAAAGGAAGAAACCAUGAAAAUGAACAAAAUCUGGCUACCAGUAUUACAAAACUCAAAAAUCAGAACAGUAAAUAAAAAGCAAUACUCUGAAAACAGAGGGUUUCCAGACAUGAAUCAACCAAGGGCAGUUAACGACUCUAAACAAAGGAUGCCCCAGAGGCAGGAAGAAGACAGCAGAUAAGCUUUUCAAUGCUAAUUUAAGUGAUUAACUACACAUUCACACUGACCUCUCUCACCCUAGACUUUCCACAGAUAUAUAUUAACCUCUUUGCUUAGUUUUCUCCAUACCUCACAACCUCUGAGGAUGCCUGCCAUAGAUGUGGGCGAAACGUCAGGAGAGAAUGCUUCUGGAACAUGGCCACACAGCCCGAAAGACAUACAACAACCCUGUGAUCCCGGCCAUGAAAGCCUUCGACAACACAUUGAACAUCUCUACGGGGAGAAAUUGUUCCAAGACACACGGAGAUUGGAAAAACUAAGGACCAGGAAAGCACAUCUGCUGUGCUCCCUGACCUUCCUUCUACGCUGCAGAGACACAGAUACCAUCCCACAAUUUCUUGCAGCCAAAAGGACCUUCAAAACACCACAGGCUCAUCGCAUUUACAACCGCCUGGAACGCAACCUCUUGAGAGAGAGAAUCCACACCAUCCGUAAAGAACUCGCAAACACAGACAAAGAACUGCUGCACCUCCACAUCAACAUCAGCCAAAAGAUGAAUACCCAGGACUGGGAUAAAAUAGACAGCCUUACCUACAAGAAAAUGGAGAAAGACAUGGUUCUCCACACCAAGAGACAAAAACAAAAAUUUGACAAAUGCCGUAAGCAACAGCCAAAGCCAGAACUGGAUAAAUCACGGACCAUCAUCAACCUGACAGACAGACAACUCACUGAAGACCAAGUAUCCAUUCUAGAAAAAGGAGGAAAUUUUGCAGUCACCACCACCAGGAUCCCAGUAGAAAACAUCAUUGCCAAUGUUGAAUCAGCAAUUUACCAGCUCCCUGAGGAAGAAGCAGAGGAGGUAAGAAUUGAAACAGCAAGGAUCCUGAGAAAUGCAAAACUCCCCCCCAGCAACAUAACGAGAAAAGAAAGACAGGCCAUCAAAGAUCUCAACUCAGAUCCUGAAAUCAUCAUUCUUCCAGCUGACAAGGGGAAUGCCACAGUAAUCAUGGAAACAAAACAAUACAAAGAAAAAAUCAGACAACUUCUAGAUCCCACAAUUUACAAGAAACUGAAACAAGACCCCACUAACAAAAUCACCAGAAAAACGAACACUCUAAUCAAGAACUCCUCCAUUAACUUUGACAUACGCCAACAGCUGUGCAAAUCAGAAGCCCUCCCACCCAGGCUUUACGGACUCCCCAAAAUCCACAAGGACUCCAUCCCACUCAGACCCAUUGUAAGUGCCAUUGGAUCGCCGACUUACAACCUGGCAAAAUUUCUGGCUACACAGCUACAAACCCACAUUGGGCUCACUGCACAUUAUAUCAAGGACUCUACACACUUUAUAGAAAAGAUCAGCAACCUCAAUCUAAGCACCAAGGACAUCCUGAUCAGCUUUGAUGUGGUGUCCCUUUUUACCAAAGUCCCAGUAGCUGACACCCUCACACUAAUCAAACAAAACUUCCCAGAAGACAUCACAGCCCUGUUUCACCAUUGCCUCACCACUAGCUACUUUCAGUGGGACACUGGAUUCUAUGAACAGAAGGAUGGAGUGGCCAUGGGGAGCCCUCUCAGCCCAGUAGUAGCAAAUUUCUAUAUGGAAUACUUUGAAAAACAGGCCCUAGAAACAGCACCAAAAAAGCCAACUGUUUGGUUCAGAUACGUAGAUGACACCUUCACGAUUUGGAGCCAUGGAGAGGAAGAACUCAGCAAGUUCCUGGACCAUCUUAACAGCAUCCACCCAAACAUCCAAUUCACCAUGGAAAAAGAAAAGGAAGGAAAACUGCCAUUUCUAGAUGUUCUGGUCAUCCGCAAACCCAAUCAACAAUUGGGCCACACAGUUUACAGAAAACCUACACACACAGAUAGAUACCUUCAUAAAAACUCCAACCAUCACCCAAGUCAAAAAAGGAGCACAAUCAAAGCCCUGACAGACCGUGCACAAAGAAUCUGCGAACCUCACCUCCUCCAAGGUGAACUCAACCACCUAAACUGGGCUCUACAGGCCAAUGGAUACUCCACCACAGACAUCAGAAGAGCUGCAAGGCCAAGAACAAGCCAUGAGAGUCAAGACAAAGAUCCACCCAGAGGAAAGGUGUACUUACCAUACAUCAAGGGAACUACUGACCGCAUAGGGAAGCUGAUGAAGAAGCACAACCUACAAACUAUCUACAAACCCACGAAGAAAAUCCAACAAAUGCUACGGUCAGCGAAGGACAAGAGGGAUCCUCUCUCUUCUGCAGGAGUCUACCGGAUACCAUGCAGCUGUGGACAAGUCUACAUAGGGACCACCAAACGCAGCGCCCAAACAAGAGUCAAAGAACAUGAAAGGCACUGCAGACUAAUUCAACCAGAGAAAUCAGCCAUAGCAGAGCAUUUGAUGAACCAGCCUGGACACAGAAUACUAUUUGAGAACACAAAAAUGCUGGACCAUUCUAACAACUAUCAUGUCAGACUACACAGAGAAGCCAUUGAAAUCCACAAGCAUGUGGACAACUUCAACAGAAAGGAAGAAACCAUGAAAAUGAACAAAAUCUGGCUACCAGUAUUACAAAACUCAAAAAUCAGAACAGUAAAUAAAAAGCAAUACUCUGAAAACAGAGGGUUUCCAGACAUGAAUCAACCAAGGGCAGUUAACGACUCUAAACAAAGGAUGCCCCAGAGGCAGGAAGAAGACAGCAGAUAAGCUUUUCAAUGCUAAUUUAAGUGAUUAACUACACAUUCACACUGACCUCUCUCACCCUAGACUUUCCACAGAUAUAUAUUAACCUCUUUGCUUAGUUUUCUCCAUACCUCACAACCUCUGAGGAUGCCUGCCAUAGAUGUGGGCGAAACGUCAGGAGAGAAUGCUUCUGGAACAUGGCCACACAGCCCGAAAGACAUACAACAACCCAAUU